GAUCUUGUCAGCAGUUGGAAAGGUAGUUGGCGCUUCCGUUUCGAUUCCACACCUAUCGAUCCACUCUCCCUCUCUCAUUUACGCAGACGCUGCCGACAAUAUCAAAGAACGUUAGUUUCUUGAAAAUUUCCGAUGCUUGUCAACGAUCACUCGUUACCCAAGUAGAGCCUCUCCAUUCUUCGUCUCCUUCUUUCCUUCCGUCUUCCUCUCUUCAAUGGCGUCGUACCCACUGAUCACCAUCCUCGGCGCUGUCUACUUACUGGCUUUCACUCUGGCACCGGUGACGCAGUCCAUCCCUUUCGUGGUCUUCCACGGUAUUAGCGACAAGUGCAGCUCCAAAGGAGUCACACACUUCACAGAGCUCUUAAGCAACUGGUCCGGUUCUGAAGGCCACUGCAUUGAAAUAGGAGACGGUGCAUGGGACUCCUGGACUAUGUCAAUCCUAGAGCAGACUGCCAUUGCUUGUGAGAAGGUGAAGAACAUGAGCAAACUUAGCGAUGGCUACAAUUUAGUCGGGCUUUCUCAGGGCGCCAUGAUUGGUCGAGGCGUUGUUGAAUUUUGUGAUGGAGCACCUCCGGUGAAGAACUUCAUAUCACUGGCAGGUGUCCAUGCUGGAAUUGCGUCUAUACCGUUUUGUGGAUCUGGUGUCUUCUGCGUUCUUGUGGACUAUUUGAUCGAGCUACUAGGGGUCUACUCUGCCUAUGUCCAGGAGCACUUGGCACCCGCCGGUUACGUGAAGAUUCCGACUGACCUUGCUAAAUAUCUAAAAGGUUGUAAGUUUCUCCCAAACUUAAACAAUGAGCACGUGGAUCACAGAAACUCAACCUACAAGGAAAGAUUUGCUAGCUUGCAGAACCUGGUCCUUAUAAUGUUUGAGCAAGACACCGUGUUAGAACCAAAGGAAACAUCCUGGUUCGGAUACUAUCCAGAUGGAACUUUUGAUACUAUUUUGCCUGCACAGGAGACCGAGCUUUACGUCGAGGACUGGAUUGGAUUGAGGACGUUGGAUGAAGCCGGGAAAGUCAAAUUCAUCAAUGUCUCUGGGGGCCAUCUCCAGAUCUCUCUCGCCGACAUGGAAAAAUAUAUAUUACCUUACUUGGUGGAUGAUGCGGCAUCAGCGAAGAACGGGGCAACAGGAACGGCUUUUAGUAGUUUGACGACCCCAUGGGUUCAGCGCUUGUAUCGAAGAAUGGGUAGACUGUUCGAGGAUCGGCCGCUGCUUCUCUCCGUGCAUUAGCGAGUGAUGCAUUUAUUCCACGCCUUAUUUGAUGAUGUUACCCCCUGGAUUGACUUGAAAGUUCUGAGGUUUCCCAGAAAUAUGACAUUUCCAUUUAUAUGAAGGCUUAUGAAACUUUUGAAAAUAAUCGGAAGGGAAGGAUCUUGCA